AGCAAUGGCCACAGAAGCCCCUGUGAACAUAGCCCCCCCUGAAUGCAGCACUGUGGUCAGCACGGCAGCUGACAGCCUCGUUUGGCAGCCAGACUCGCUAAACAUGCACGUCAUAAGGCCCAAGUCUGCCAAGGGACGCACGCGGCCCAGUCUGCACAAACCCCAGGGUGCAGAGGUGGGCUCUCGCCGCACACUGUCUUCCCUGCCUUCAGCCAUUCCCUGCGACUUGCCAAGCAGCCAGAAACCAGGAGCCUGCACACCCAAAUCUCCAAAUCAGGGAGCUCCUGAGGAGAUCCCCGAGCUGCUGCAGCAGGUGCCCUUCGGGGCUUCCUCUUCCCUCAAUAAAUACCCGGUCCUUCCCUCCAUCAACAGGAAGACCCUGGAGGAGGGGGCUGUGGAAACAGUAGCUGAAAAGGCCGGUUCAUUGCAACUGGGCAGCAUCCAGGCUCUGGACCAAGAGGAGACCUGCACGAGGAAGACAAGCGAAGAAGAUUCCAGAGCUCGCGCUUGUUCCCCGGAGAGGAAAUUCGCGGUCCAAACCAAGAGACAGAACUCCUCCAGGGCUGGAGACCUGGAGGAACCAUCAGAUCAGGAGCCAAGGCUGCUGCUUGCUGUCCGAUCACCUUCGGGCCGAAGGUUUGUACACCAUUUCCGGCCAACUGAUGACUUACAAACUGUUGUUGCUGUGGCGGAACACAAGAACAAGGCGGCCUACCGACGCUGCAGCAUUGAAACGAUGGAGGUGCCCAGGAGACGCUUCUCUGACCUCACCAAAUCUCUGCAAGAGUGUAGGAUCCCCCACAGGUCGGUGCUGGGCAUCUCCCAGGAAGAUGGGGAGGGGUGCCCCUGAGUCCGCAGCCACCAGCUGGGGUCCUGGGUCUCUGAGCAAGGAGCAUGCUCUGGUGCCAUGGCCUCCCGGGCAGCUUGGUUCCAAGUGUCACGUGAACCUGGUGCAGCUGUGAUUCUCGGGACUCUCGUCUUCACAGCAUCUCCUUUGAAGCAGUGAAAUUUGCACACGCACUGAGUGCGUGAAGAGGAUUCUCUUCCAGUUGUUAAAUUCUUUCCACCACUGGAGUGAACUGGCAGGUUACCAGGGCUCUUCCUGAAACAGCUGCGACCAGGCCUCUCCUUUCCAGAGGUCUGGGUCCCUUCUGGAGCCCCUGCUUGCCUUUACAAUGAAUUCUCACUCUCAUGAAGCCAAUGGUUUGCCUUUCUGUAUUUGAUGCAGGAUUAAAC